AUGUCUGUCUCUCUCUUUCUUGUCACUACACGGCCUCCUCUGCUGAAUAAAACCCACCUCAAGGUCACUCUCACUAACCCCAAAAAGCUCAACAUGUGUUAUUCACCGCCAAAAUUCAGAAACCUGCCCACAUUAAGAGUCAGUUCUGUAAACGAGGAAUCUGGAGGACACCUCCCUGUGACUCCAGCAAAACCCACUUGGGAUUGGCAAAAUGUGUUGUCCACUGCAGCAAGCCUGUAUCCUCUCUAUGUCACUGCAGGUGGGAUUCUUGCUUGCUUCAACCCGUCUGCUUUUGCUUGGUUUGUCAAGCGAGGUCCAACUUCAUAUAGUCUGUCUCUUGGAUUCAUCAUGUUGGCUAUGGGUCUUACUUUGGAGCUCAAAGACUUGAUUGCCUUGUUUAUGCAGAGGCCUCUAUCUAUACUAUUUGGAUGUGCUACUCAAUAUACAAUCAUGCCAGCUUUUUCACUGAUUGUUAGUAAAGCAUUGGGGCUUCAACCUUCUUUUUCAGUUGGUUUGAUAUUGCUCGGUUGUUGCCCUGGAGGUACCGCCUCUAAUGUGGUUCCAACAGUGUUGUGUUCAUUACUAAUUACCAUUGCCUGCCUUCUCUCUUCCCACAGAAAAGAAAAGGUGACAUUAAUUGCUCAAGGGGAUGUUCCACUAUCUAUUGUAAUGACAGUGUGCACCACUCUUGGUGCAGUACUUCUCACUCCAAUUCUGACAAUGAUUUUGGCAGGAACUUAUGUUCCUGUGGAUGCCUUUGGUCUUUCUCUCAGCACUCUGCAGGUGGUUGUCGCUCCUAUUCUGCUAGGUUCAUAUAUGCAGGGCACAUUUCCUGCAGCUGUGAAAACUGUCACGCCUUUUGCGCCACUGUUUGCUGUUUUAGCAUCAUCACUGCUUGCUUGCAGUGUGUUCUCAGAAAAUGUUGUUCGCCUUAAAUCCUCAAUGCUUGCUUCAUCAUUACCAUCUGAUGCCUCUCUAAUUCUUCGCAUUCAGUCAAUAUUCUCCGGAGAACUGGGUGCUAUAAUACUUGCUGUGCUGUUGUUACAUUUUGCUGGCUUCUUUGUUGGGUAUAUAUCAGCAGCAAUUGGUGGGUUCAAAGAGCCACAACGGCGAGCAAUAUCGAUUGAGGUUGGAAUGCAAAACUCUUCCUUAGGUGUGGUUUUAGCAGCAUCACACUUCACUUCACCAAUGGUUGCGUUACCCCCAGCUAUGUCUGCUGUGAUUAUGAAUAUCAUGGGCAGUAGUCUGGGCUUCAUCUGGAGAUAUAUUGAUCCCGCUGAUUCAAAGGACAGUAAUCCACAGUCCCAAGAUUGA